AUGCCGUUGCAAAGCAAGAGAACAGUCAAGGUCCAUGAGAUCCCCGCCGGCACUACGAAGCAACAAUAUCUUGACUUCGUUGAGCAUCUUUGCAACAAGCCAAAGAAGACCUCUAAGUUUCACUUCGGUCGGGUUGCUAAGUACCUUAAGGGAAAGUCCAAGUUACCAGUAGAUGCAUCAACCUCGGCAUCAACAGAAGAGGUAGACGAAGACGCAAAGUCGAAGGACGAAGCUGAGUUGGCUCCGCCACCUUCGACCGCCAAAGGCGAAGGGGAGCAAGCUGCACCACUUCUUGACGAUGCUCAGCCGACUGCAGAGGGAUGGAUGGGGACCACGUACUGCUGCCAGAAUGGCCACUUAGUCGGCACGGUCUCUUUUCAGAAUGAGAUACUGAAAAAAGAAGCCCUGGUACGACAUGGAAAAGAUAAAAAGUGCUCUUGGAGAGGCUGGACCGUUGAGGAUAACUUCAAAAGUAUCACAACAUUAUAUGAAGCGGCUGAUGCGAAAAUCGAUAUCUGCGCAGUCCAUGGCCUUGGUGGGAAUGCUAUCGACACUUGGACCACUAAAAGUGAUAAAAUGUGGCUCAGAGACUUUCUCCCACAACACCAAAACUUCAAGAACAGCCGCGUUAUGACCUUCGGUUAUGAUUCGGACCUCACUGAUAGACGCACAGUUAUGACACUGGAGAGUUGGGCGGAGACUCUUCUACAGUCACUGAACGAGGUGCGAACUGGCGAAAAGGAGAAAGAACGACCGUUACUAUUUGUAUCUCACUCAUUAGGAGGACUGGUCGUGAGAAAGGCUAUGGCACGGUUGCAUCUUAACCCCAGCUGUCAGAACAUCAAACUCUCCCAAUGUGGUAUUUUGUUUCUGGCAACUCCACACAGCGGAUCUACCAAGGCCGAUUGGAGCAACUUUAUCGUAGCAGUCACCCACACACUCGGAGGCGUUAGACCAGAGACCGUCAAGACGCUAGAGUCGUUCAACACGGCCUCUGUUUGGGACACUGCAGAAUUUCUGAAUCUGGACCCAUGUCCCCCCUUCCGAUGCUUUGCAGAGGGUCUCAAGAUGCGAGUCAAAGGAACAAACCAACAUAUUGUGACACAAUCAUCAGCCACUCUUGGUAGCCACCAGGCACAUAUGAUCAUGGAUGUUGACCAUAGCUCAAUCUGCAAGUUUGAGUCAAGACUGGGAACUUUCACGACGAUCAGCAUGGCAAUGUGGGAAUUGCUCAAUGAGGUGACCACUGUUGGCGUCCAGCAGCCGAAUGCUCGACCACAGCGCCGUGUGUUUGGCCAGCCGCGCUUUCUUGCCCAUAGAUAUCCUCCCGAUCGAGGCUUCUGGUGGGAGGGCACCGAACUGAAUGGGGUUCAGCAUCAGGUCACAUCGACUAAGCCUUUCUUCGGGCGAUCCACGGAGUUGAGUACUCUUGAAUCGUCAUUAGCUGGAGAUGAAACGCGCCCGAGUCUCACCAUAAUAAAGGGAAUUGGAGGAAUAGGUAAAACUGAGCUUCUACUCAAAUUCGCAGCUACGCAAAGAGGCCGCAGGAAUGUCUUUUUCAUAGGGUCCCAAAAUGGAGAGACAAUUGAUGAUGUUCUCUCUAGCCUGUCAACAAGGAUUGGCUUCGAAAUGAUCGAGGACCCUGGUGAGAAUCAAGACCGGUGGAGGAACACCCCCGUCGUCGAGCGAGUUCAGAUCUUCCUGACGUGGCUGGGAGAUACGUGCAACAAAGAUUCACUUUUCAUCAUCGAUGAUAUUGAAUCCUUUGGAUACUCCAAAAUCCCAGUCAUCUUGAAGUACCCGGCACAACACGCCUUGAUUUCCACUCGAGACUCCAACUUGAAACGAGCGGAUCGAGUCUUUCAAGAGCUCCGACUGUCUCCACUGGGUCACGAUGAUACAGUAAGAAUCUUACAGAACACACUCCGAAGUCUCUCUGCGGACCCGGUAUUUUGGGAUGGUCUUGGUUCUAUCGCUCGUGUAGUUCAAGGUCAUCCACUUGCAGCUCGAAAUGCUAUCCCAUUUGCAAUGGACUAUCUGGCGACCUACGAAAAUCCCGGUGCCGCAUUCUUGCAGCUAUUUGAGAGUCAGGAUCCUGAAGAGCGCAGAGUAUUUUUCGAGUUCAACUUUGAAGGCAGAUCAUUGUGGGAAGUCUUUCAUACCUCUCUGGAGCGUUUGGAGCUACAGCAGAACCCCCAAAACGCGACCGGCCUUCUUCAGAUACUCCCAUUCUUGUCCUGUCACAAUGAUCGUGUAGAUGAGUUUUUAAAGAUGAAGAAGAGUCUGCCAGCUGAAACUGAGAAAGAACUACCAGAUAUGGCGGUGCUCAAGUCUGGUUACACUGUCAUGUCGAACUGGCUAUCCAAAUUGCGCGGUGUCUCGUUCUAUCUCCAGAGUGGCUCGCCUAAUCACACCAAAAUCCUGGACAUACACCCUCUCAUGCUGCAGUACAUGUUGCUACGUUUAGAUGAGCGCAAAAGAGUGGAUCUCAUCAGACAGGUCUUGCAACUGUGCCACGCUUUAGUGGACAUACAGAAUGAGCGAGAGGCACAGAUCAAGCCGCAUGUUCUCCGUUGCGUUCAAGUCUGUCGAGGACUGGGAACUUUGCUAAAUAGUGUAGGGCUGCCUGAAAACACAAUAAGGUGGGUGGAAGGUUUACACGAGAUACAAGUUGAGGAGGUAGAGGAUCCAUUCAGUGACCCGAUGGACUUGUCGUCCGCAGCAGUAGAUAAGUUCGUCAAAAUCUGUAUGGAGAUGAAGGAGAGCCUUCGGCAAGACGGAACCUGCUUGAUUGAGGAAAGUACGAUGACACAGAUGCUGAUGAAUUGUGUCAGAUCUUGGAGGGCGCUGAAAUGCUCAAUGGAAGAGCAGGGAGAAGUAGCUGACUAUCUCAAGCCUACACUUUUGGAGGCGAUGGACGUACUUCAAGAGAUGGUUAGACUGCGCAACAUGUAUCCGGAUAUCAUUUCAGAACUCAGGACGUUUCGAGCUAAUCUGGCUGAAGGUUGA